GGUACCUGGAGAAUGAAAAUGUGGACGAAAUCCCACCCAUCAAAAGGUGCAAGCUGGAGAAAGCAAAGAGGCAGGAUGCUGUAGAUCUGAUGGUGCAGAAAUAUGAAUUUGCUGAAGCUGUGGAGGUGAUGAAGAGCGUUUUAAAGAAGAUCAACAGGAAUGAUCUGGUGAAGAAAUUGUCAAACAUCAGCUCAGGAUCAGAAGCACAUGAUGAUCUGCAGAAGGGUUUAUGUCUAUGUAAGGUCACUGUGAGGAGGAGAUGUCAAAAUGUGACUGAAACAAGUGAUGAACCAGGAGGUGAAACUCUCUUCAAUGAUAAAUACACUGAUGUCUACAUCACAGAGGGAAGGAGUAACGAGCUUAAUACUCAACAUGAGGUGUGGCAGCUUGAGACAGCCAAGAUGAAGACCCUGCAUGACGCUCCAAUCAAGUGCCACGACAUCUUUAAAGCCUUACCCAACCAAAGCAAACACAUCAGAGUUGUUUUAACAAACGGCGUCGCUGGUGUUGGAAAAACCUUCUCAGUGCAGAAGUUCUCUCUUGACUGGGCAGAGGACUUGAAAAACCAACAUAUCAGUCUGCUGUUUCUGUUUCCAUUCAGGGAGCUGAACUCAAUCAAAGAUGAGCAGUACAGUCUGCUCAUGCUGAUCCAUGUUUUCUAUCCAACAUUACAACUCACAGCAGAGAAGCUUGCUGUCUGUAAAGUUCUGUUCAUCUUUGACGGCCUGGAUGAAAGCAGACUUUCACUGGAUUUCAACACCAGGAAAGUCGUGACUGAUGUCACACAGAAGACAUCAGUCAACGUGCUGUUGACAAACCUCAUCGAGGGGAACCUGCUUCCCUCGGCUCUCAUCUGGAUAACGUCUCGACCUGCAGCAGCCAAUCAGAUCCCUUCUUCAUGUGUGGACAGGGUAACAGAAGUACGAGGCUUCACUGACGACCAGAAGGAGGAGUACUUCAAGAAGAGAUUCAGUGAUGAAGAGCAGUCCAGCAGAAUCAUCUCACACAUCAAGACAUCCAGGAGCCUCCACAUCAUGUGUUACAUCCCAGUCUUCUGCUGGAUCACUGCUGCAGUUCUGGAGGAAAUGUUGAUUUCAGACCAGAGAGGAGAGCUUCCCAAGACCCUGACUAACAUGUACUCACACUUCCUGCUGGUUCAGACAAAGAGGAAGAAGAACAAGCAUGAUGAGGGACAUAAGACGAGUCCACAGGAGCUGACAGAGGCUGACAGGAAACUUCUUCUGAAGCUGGGGAGGCUGGCGUUUGAACAACUGAUGAAAGGAAACAUCAUGUUCUACCAAGAAGACCUGGAGCAGUGUGGUCUUGAUGUCACAGAGGCUGCAGUGCUAUCAGGAUUUUGUACACAGAUCUUCAAAAGAGAGAAACUCCAGAAGAAAGCAGUCUACAGCUUUGUUCAUCUGAGCGUUCAGGAGUUUCUGGCUGCAGUCUACAUGUACCACUGUUACACCAGCAGGAACACAAAGGUACUGGAGGACUUCCUGGGAGAAGACUACAAACAUAGUGAAUCAAAAACAAAGUCUUUCCUUGAGAUGAUUACUGCUUUUUUCAGAAGAGACGAUAACCAUUACCUAUCUCUGGAUGACUUCCUGAUGGGAGCCAUGAAGAAAUCUCUCCAAAGUAAAAAUGGCCACCUGGAUCUGUUUGUCCGCUUCCUUCAUGGCCUCUCUCUGGAGUCCAACCAGAGUGUCUUAGGAGAUCUGCUGGGUCAGACAGACAACAGUCCAGAAACCAUCCAGAGAGUCACCAACAACCUGAAGGAGAUGAACAGUGAGGAUAUCUCCCCUGACAGAACCAUCAACAUCUUCCACUGUCUGAUGGAGAUGAACGACGGCUCAGUACAUCAGGAGAUCCAAGAGUUCCUGAAGUCAGAGAACAGAUCAGGGACGGAACUCUCUGAGAUCCACUGCUCAGCUCUGGCCUACAUGCUGCAGAUGUCAGAAGAUGUUCUGGAUGAGUUGGACCUGGAGAAGUACAACACAACAAAGGAGGGACGACGGAGACUGAUCCCAGCUGUGAGGAACUGCAGAAAGGCUCGACUUUCUCGCUGUUAUCUCUCAAAGACGCACUAUGAAGUUGUGGCCUCAGCUCUGAAGGCCAACCCCUCCCAUCUGACAGAUCUGGACCUGAGCUACAACAACCUGGUUGAUUCAGAGAUGAAGCUUCUCUGUGCUGGACUGGAGAGUCCAAACUGUAAACUGGAGACUCUGAGAUUGUGCGGCUGCAGUUUAACAAAGACCAGCUGUGCUUCUCUGAUCUCAACUCUGCAGUCCAACCCCUCCCAUCUGAGAUAUCUGGAUCUGAGAAACAACAAACUGAAGGAUUCAGACGUGAAGCUGCUGUCUGAACUUAAGGAGAGUCCCGACUGCAGUCUGGAGACUCUGAUAUUGGAGGACUGCAGUUCAUCAGAGACCAGCUGUGCUCCUCUGGUCUCAGCUCUGAAGGACAACCCCUCCCAUCUGAGAAAGCUGAAUCUGAGUGACAACAAGCUGCAGGAUUCAGACGUGGAGCUACUGUGUCAUUUUCUGAGGAGUCCAGACUGCAGACUGGAGGACCUGGAAUUGCAGGACUGCAGUUUGUCAGAGACCAGUUGUGCUUAUCUGGUCUCAGCCCUGAAGGACAACCCCUCCCAUCUGAGACAGCUGAGUCUGAGUAAAAACAAGCUGCAGGAUUCAGACGUGGAGCUACUGUCUGAUCUUCUGAAGAAUCCAGACUGCAGACUGAACAACCUGCAAUUGCAGGGCUGCAGUUUGUCAGAGACCAGCUGUGAUUCUCUGGUCUCAGCUCUAAAGACCAACCCCUCCCAUCUGAGAUGGCUGAAUCUGAGUGACAACAAGCUGAGUAGUUCAUCUGUGAAGCUACUGUCUGAUCUUCUGAAGAAUCCAGACUGUAGACUGAACAUCCUGCAGUUGGAUGACUGCAGUUUGUCAGAGACCAGCUUUGCUUCUCUGGUCUCAGCUCUGAAGUGCAAUCUCUCCCAUCUGAGACUGCUGUAUCUGAAUAACAACAAGCUGCAGGAUUCAGAUGUGGAGCUGCUGUCUGAUCUUCUGAAGAGUCCCAACUGCAGACUGGACACACUGAGUUUAUGGAGCUGCAGUUUAUCAAAGAUCAGCUGUGAUUAUCUGGCUGCAGCUCUGAAGUCCAACCCCUCCCAUCUGAGAAAGCUGGAACUGCGUUACAACAACCUGAAGGAUUCAGACGUGAAGCUGCUGUCUGAUCUUAAGAAGAGUCUACGCUGCAGACUGGAGUUUCUGAGAUUGGAGGACUGCAGUUCAUCAGAGACCAGCUGUGCUCCUCUGGUCUCAGCUCUGAAGUCCAACCCCUCCCAUCUGAGAGAGCUGAAUCUGAGUGACAACAAGCUGCAGGAUUCAGACGUGGAGCUACUGUGUCAUUUUCUGAGGAGUCCAGACUGCAGACUGGAGGACCUGGAAUUGAGGGACUGCAGUUUGUCAGAGACCAGCUGUACGUCUCUGGUCUCAGCUCUGAAGUGCAACCCCUCCCAUCUGAGACAUCUGGAUCUGAGUAACAACAAGCUGCAGGAUUCAGUCGUGGAGCUACUGUCUGAUCUUCUGAAGAAUCCAGACUGCAGACUGAAGACUCUGAUAUUGUGGGGUUGCAGUUUGUCAGAGAAGAAAUGUACUUCUCUGGCCUCAGCUCUGAAGGACAACCCUUCCCAUCUGAGAUGGCUGGAUCUGAGUAACAACAAGCUGAGUAGCUCAUCUGUGAAGCUACUGUCUGAUCUUCUGAAGAAUCCAGACUGUAGACUGAACAACCUGAGAUUGGGGGACUGCAGUUUGUCAGAGACCAGCUGUACUUCGCUGGUCUCAGCUCUGAAGGCCAACCCCUCCCAUCUGAGAUGGCUGGAUCUGAGUGACAACAAGCUGAGUAGUUCCUCUGUGGAGCUACUGUCUGAUCUUCUGAAGAAUCCAGACUGUAGACUGAACGACCUGCAGUUGGAUGACUGCAGUUUGUCAGAGACCAGCUUUGCUCCUCUGGUCUCAGCUCUGAAGUGCAACCCCUCCCAUCUGAGAGAGCUGGAUCUGGAUAACAACAAGCUACAGGAUUCAGACGUGGAGCUGCUGUCUGAUCUUCUGAAGAGUCCAGACUGCAGACUGGAGGUUCUGAGAUUGAGGCGCUGCAGUUUGUCAGAGACCAGCUGUGCUUCUCUGGCUGCAGCUCUGAAGUCCAACCCCUCCCAUCUGAGAAAGCUGGAACUGCGUUACAACAACCUGAAGGAUUCAGACGUGAAGCUGCUGUCUGAUCUUAAGAAGAGUCUACGCUGCAGACUGGAGUUUCUGAGCUGGUGAUGAUCUCUGUCAGAGUGAGAGUGAACAUCCAGGAGUGUUGAGAGAGGAUCAGCUGGAUCCUGAUGAUCCAUCUGGAGUCUGGAUCUGGAUUUUGUCGUCUUCACUUAAGUCUCUUAACUGACUCCAAACUGAACAGUUAUCUCUGGAUUUAGCUGAAGUCAGCACUUUACAGAUGAGUUGUACAUGAGCAGUUUGAUGCAGAACAGUUUUUCUGUGUGUAAACAUUAAAGGUGUCUAGCUUUUAUAUGCUAAAUGAAUAUUUUAUGUCUCAGAACAAUAUUUAACAAGUAAUUUACACCAAAUUGUAAAUUAAACACUGGUCAAUCAAUCAGGCGUCUUCAAUAAUAAGUUUAUAAAUUAAAUUUGUCUGUGAGAUCAUGUGACUCAGCCCUAUCAAAUCGCAUCCAUUACAUCUUUUUUUCUACAUUAGUGCAGCAGAUUGCAUGUAUAGCACAACACUGCACACAGCCAGAAUGAUGAAAACAUGAAAAACAUGAAAUGUAUCUUUACGGUCCAACUCAUCCCCAGCUGAACCUCCUGUAGGCUUAUGUGUCCUUACAGCUCUUUGUAUUAUAUCUCUGCCAUCAGCAGGUUAAACACAUGAAUUAUUCAAUAAAUUAAUGUUUUGCAUGAAUACAGCUUGUUUUUCUCUAACUUCACACUGAGUGGAGGGAAAUGAAUUAGUGUUGAUAAUCAGCACAGAUAAAUAUGGAGCCUGCUCUUUGCUGUCAGGGCUCUGAUCAACCUGUUUGAUACGUGUUUAUCUUCAUUUAAAUCACUUUUUAAAACUCAUCUUUAUCCACUGAUCUACCAGUUAUUUAGUUUUAUAUGAUUUACAUCUUAAAUUUGAUUCUUCUGUGUGUGUUUCUGGUUU